CUUUUCCCUUAAACUCUUCUCUCUUCCCCGAGUUUCAGUUUGAGCUCCUCAAAUUUUUCUUGACUUCUUCUUUUCUCUCUCCUCAAAACGCAAACAUGCAAGUUCCAUUGAUCGACAGGAUCAACGAUCUUCAAGUGGGUUUCAACUCUCUGCAGAACCCAUCAUUCCCUUCUCAGAUCACAACCUCACUCGCUGGGAUCCAAUCCGUUUCCGUAGCUUACAAUUUCUGCAAAUGGGGUGCAGUAAUUCUCGCCCUAGUCGCCACCUUCGGUAGCAUCAUCAACAGAAUCACCAUAUUCAUCAUACGCUUACGUAACAAAGCCCCUUCUCUUCCAUCCUUAGACGACGACGACCUAUACACUAGUUCUGAUGAUGAGUACGAAAACGACGACGACGACGACGUAACCUACUCGUCGUCUGAGCUCGAAGACGACCCGUCCCCGUCUUCAAGUUAUAACCGUUUGGACGAGUUUUUUCGAGUCAGGGGAACCGCCGUAGACGACGAGCUUUUUAGUCAAAACGGCACGCACAAACGACGUCCUACCAUAGGGGAUAUAUUUUCCCUCUCGGAACUCGCCAACAGCAAGAACGUCGUGAAGCUCUGGGACAGCAUAGGAUUCGGCUUGGGAUUAGAUUUCGAUGAUUACGAGGACGGCGUCGUUUCGGCCUACGACGGAAAACCGUCAAUGCCAGCUAGCUCCACGGCGUCGCCCGCGGUUGUUGUUUCGGCCGGGGAGGGCGCGUGUGGAAAUUUGGAGCUCGAGAUUUGGGACACGCGCCUGAGGCGGCGGAAGCCGACGGUGGUGGCGGAGUGGGGGCCCACCGUGGGAAAGACUGUGCGCGUGGAAUCUGGUGGCGUCCAGAAGGUUUACGUCAGAGAUGACGGACGUUACGGCAUUACGGUCGGAGACAUGAGAAAGGUCAGCACGCCGUUAGGAAACGUAACGGAAUCUGACGCGGAUACUUGGUGGGAUGCGGACGCAAUAGUUGUUUCGGACAGCAAUCAAUGUUCCGACCAACUUGAAUAAUUGCGGUUUCUUUUCGGUGCUCGAAAUUUCAAUAAUCAAAUUUAAAAAAAAAAGAAAAAGAAAAAGAAAAAGGAAAAUAAAAGGCAUAACCGAGACUAUUCUUAAUAGCAAUUGUUUGUUUGUACUAUUCAAUUUAAAGUUUAUAAUUGUAAAUUAAUAAUUUAGUUCUGUGAUUAUGUGUACAUAUCUUAAGCGUGUGGUAGAGACUAAAGCCUUCUUGCUUCUAGGAAAUUGUUGAUAGCUUCCUCAUAAUGAAAGUUUCUUAGCUGGCUUUUCAGAAGGUUCUAUUUUUAUUGUAUUGUAAGAGCACAAGUUAUGAUUAUUUAAUGGUGUAUUAUUAAAUUAUUGAAUUUGACUGUUACAUUAGUAUUGUUACUUGUUGGAGUGAAUUCAAUCGUCAAAUU